AUGGAAAUCCUGAACCUCCUUUUGGGCGACGAGAAGCUCGAAGAAGGUCUAAGCGUGGAUAUCAUCGCGAGAUCAACGCCGUCGUUCACAGGCCCGGAUCUGAAGAGUUUGUGCGUCUCGGCAGCUCUGAAAUGUACCCAGGAACUGGAGCCGGAUAAAAAUGGCGAGUAUCCGCGGAGAAUUCUGCGCAGAUCUCAUUUCAACUUUGCACGCCUCUACGUGAAACGAUCGGGGUCGAACCCUCUUAUCAAGAGAAAAGCCGCCACGCUCAAUACGACCAUGUCCACAUACCAGGAUUUCACCACUCCGAUCCCCCUGUCCUCCGCAGAGCGAGUAGCGGCCUACUCGCUCCAAGAGCCAGGCAGCCCGACGAUCGAGCUCGGCCAAGCCCGACACCGCAUCCGCAUCAUCAACACAUGGGGAAUCCCCCGCGGCAGUCGGAUUCUCGAAAUCGGCUGUGGCCAAGGAAACUGUACGGCGGUCCUCGCGGAGGCAGUGGGUCCUUCAGGUCACAUCGAUGCUGUCGACCCCGCACCUGGAGAUUACGGCUCGCCUUUUACCCUGGAUCAAUCACAAGCAUUUCUCAGCGAAGGCCCCAUGGGGCAACGGAUUUCGUGGCACAGGGCUGAUCCUAUGGAAUUCCUGGCCAAAGGGAAUGAAACUUGGGAUGUUGUGGUCUUCUUGCAUUGCAUCUGGUAUUUCGCGUCUCCCGAGACUCUGAGGGAUAUUUUAGCCUUCCUGAAGGGAAGAGUCAAGGCGGUUUAUGUCGCGGAAUAUGCCCUCCACGCCAGUAAGGCUACUGCGGUACCUCAUGUCUUGGCCGCGAUCGCUAGGGGGACCGUGGAAGUCCACAAGGCGGAGAGCAACGAGAAUAUACGGACAUUGGUCGGUCCCCGUGAGAUUCGUGGGAUUGCAGAGGCAGUCGGAUGGUCAUUGGAGGAGGAGAGCCGCAUCAUUCCCGAGGAUGGGCUCUUUGAUGGCAUGUGGGAGGCGAGCGCUGUGGCCGGAAAGGGCUUCCUACACGAGGUUGAGUCUGAGAUUGAAGAUUCGCGGGUAGCAACGCUUGUUCGAUCGGGAAGAGAUGCUGUUAUAUCUUCCGCUGAGAACGUCGGAGGACUGAAGCGGGUUACCACCAUGGAUGUCUGGAUCGGAGCAUUCGCAGUUAAGAGGGAGAAUAAUUAG